ACAGUCAGAAAAAUGUUGUCCAAAAUCAGUUCUUCAAUUUUAAUAACAAAUUUAUUCAUAAUACUUUCCCGAUCUACCACGACUGAGGAGCUCAACGACACUAUUUCACUUCGUUCCCUAACUUACGGACGUAGCUGUGCUGAAGCGACAGCUAAUUCUCAGCCUAGUGGGAUCUACAAGAUUUUCAUUCCCAGUUACAGUGAAAACCCUUUUCAAGUGGUAUGCGAUUCGGAGAGUCAUGGAGGUGGUUGGACUAUCAUUUUGAGGCGGUUGGAUGGAAGUGAAGAUUUUCAUCGAAACUGGAAAUCAUACAAAAAUGGUUUCGGAGAAAUGGACGGAGAGUUCUUUCUGGGCUUGGACAAAAUUCACGCACUAACUGCAGAGAGGAGUCAGGAAUUGCUUGUGGUUCUUGAGGACUUUGAUGGAAUUGAAAAGUAUGAGUUUUAUGAGAGAUUUGCAAUUGGCGAUGAGGAUGCUCUAUAUGUACUAAAUACGCUGGGCCCAGCAUCUGGCACUGCUGGUGAUUCACUCAGAAUUCAUCACGGCAUGAAUUUCACUACUCUUGAUCGGGAUAAUGAUAAGAAAUCUACCUCAAACUGUGCUGUUGAAUUCACUGGCGCCUGGUGGUACAAUUCCUGUCACGAAUGCAACUUGACGGGAAAAUAUAAAAGCAACAAAACGGGUGAGGGCAUAAACUGGUACCAUUUUAAGGGUUGGAACUACUCCCUUAAAAAGGCCUUAAUGAUGGUACGACCACGAAAGUGAAUACUGAUCUACUUUUAUUUCAAUCACACUCAGUUUUUACUUAUUUUAAAAGACAUAAAUGAAUAAAUUCUAGCAACCGCGUUGUUUCUAUGUCA